CAUCUGGAGAGGGGAUACGGAAUGAUAGUUGUAAGCUGCCUGCUGAGACCCAACGCCCCUCCCUCCUUAUAAAACUAAACAAAAACCAAGUCUUGAGGAAGAAUUAAUUUUUUAAAAAGACCUGCCAGUUUCUGGAGAGACCUGGAAAAGGAGCAAGGGUUCCUCUCUUUCCAGUGGUCUGAUUGCCUCCAAUAUCAGGAGGGUUGAAGGACCCGGAACUGGAGGAGGAACAAUUUCUUCCCUGUACCCAGACUGACGGAGACACUUUUGAUUCCUAAGAAUCUGUAGCCCAGGAUACUCUAAUGUCUUUGGGGUUAGGAAGUGGGCGGGAAAUGAGGGUGGCAGGCAGGAUAGGGAUCAGACAAAGGUAGGCUGGGGGGUGCCUCUCACCCCCCAAGUGGAGACAGGACCAGUCCCUCUUCCCAAUGUCCCUUUUUUCCUGUGCCAAGAGCAAGCAGGACACACUAGAAUCAGGCAAGAUGUCUCGGGCAGCGGCAGCCAUAGCCUUCCAAGAAGCUCCCAGCCUAGCACAGCCAGAAGGAGAAGCUUGGGCUCAGACUCUCCUCCCAUUUUCCGGCCCUCUGGGUCCUCUGGGCAGCGGGCUCUGGCCUGCCCCCAGCCCAUAAGAGUAAUAGAGAAGUAGGAAUAAUAAACCCAGGCUUGGAAAAGUCGGGGUAGAUCUGGGAAGCAGAAAAAAACGGCUUUCAAAAUCUGGGAAGAAGAGGGUUUCUUCUUCACCGCUUCUCUCUUUCUGAUAACGAUGCUAAUCAGAGGAGAACUCUUCCUCCCUGCUUUGAACACAAAACGCCAGGAACCAGCCCUGUCCUUUCCUUUAGUUCUCCUCCAAGGAGAUUGAGAUGCAAGAUUUGGAGACAUUUAUCCACUUUCCCUUGAGGGAAGGGGGCUCAAGCAACGCAGGGGUUAACUUUUCUGAAAACACAAUUAACUUUUUCCUAUUCCGCGUGGGGAGGGGAGGGAUAUAUUUAUUUAAUCACUGGGGGAUGGGGUGGUCUCAGUCCAAGUGCUGCCUCCUCCCUCAAAAGCACAGACGCCUCUUUCGCAGAUCCUACGUAGGUGGAACAGGACGCGUUGUGCUGUUGGGGAGAGAGAGAGAGAAGGCAGAAGGAGAAGAAGGAGGGGGAAAAAAAGGUUGAUAGGUUUGUGCGCGGGUCCCUCGCGCGGGCUGCGCUCCUCCUGGGUGCUAUUUGCCAAUUCCUGCUUCUGCCAUUGGUCAGUGUUGGAUCAGAUGGUUGUAUUUCCUUCUGGCCCUCACUGGCACCUCGCCAUCCCCCCUCAGCUAAAACCCAAUCUCAGAUAUACUACUAAUAGGCGCGGCGCUCGGACUAUAAAACACAACAAAUCAUAAACCCGGCGGAGCAGCAGCGGCCGUGCGCGCCUCCCCUCCCAAUGAGUUCCUAUUUCGUGAACUCCACCUUCCCCGUCACUCUGGCCAGCGGGCAGGAGUCCUUCCUGGGCCAGCUCCCGCUCUACUCGUCGGGCUAUGCGGACCCGCUGAGGCACUACCCCGCGCCCUACGGGCCGGGGCCCGGCCAGGACAAGGGCUUUGCCGCUUCCUCCUACUACCCGCCGGCCGGCGGCGGCUACGGCCGAGCGGCGCCCUGCGACUACGGGCCGGCGCCGGCCUUCUACCGAGAGAAGGAGUCGGCCUGCGCGCUCUCAGGCGCCGACGAGCCGCCCCCGUUCCACCCCGAGCCGCGGAAGUCCGACUGCGCGCAGGACAAGAGCGUGUUCGGCGAGGCAGAGGAGCAGAAGUGCUCCACCCCGGUCUACCCCUGGAUGCAGCGGAUGAAUUCAUGCAACAGUUCCUCCUUUGGGCCCAGCGGCCGGCGCGGCCGUCAGACCUACACGCGCUACCAGACGCUGGAGCUGGAGAAGGAAUUUCACUACAAUCGCUACCUGACACGGCGGCGGCGCAUCGAGAUCGCGCACGCCCUAUGCCUGACCGAGCGGCAGAUCAAGAUCUGGUUCCAGAACCGGCGCAUGAAAUGGAAAAAGGAGAGCAAACUGCUCAGCGCGUCUCAGCUCAGUGCCGAGGAGGAAGAAGAAAAACCAACCGAAUGAAGGCGCUGGAAGGGGGGGCGGGGGGACGCGAAGGGAGAGGCCUGUGGGGAGCCGGGGGCGUCGGAGAGCCCCCAAGGAGGCUCUGCAGGCGGGGGAGCCUGGGGACCUGCUCUUCGGCCCACGACGGGCGGGGCCCAGGGCUCUCCUGGACGCCCCCCGCCUGCAGAGCUCUCGCUGGGUGCUGGGAGGUCCUGCCGCCCGAGCCCGGCCAGCAUCCCCGCGCCCCCUCCAUCCCCGCGGAACCGCCUCAGCCCGAACAGGCUCCCUCGUGAGAACUGAGGACCAGACUCUUUUGAUGUUUCCCGGAAGCAGAGCAAAAUGCUCUUGUCCGUGUCGCGUCUCAUUUCGUCCAUGUCCCCCUGCACUGUUCAAUGGUAGAUUCGCAGUCCCCUCAGCGGGGGCCUCAAAGAUUCCCCGACCCCAGACCUCUCUCCCGCCCCCUCCCCAAAGCCACUGGAAGGAGCACAUACUACCUAGAAGUAAGAAGAGGAGCCUCAGAAGAAAACAAAGUUCUAUUUUAUUAAUUUUCUAUGUGUUGUGUUUGUAGUCUUGUCUUAGCUCUGGACGUGAAAUACUUCGGUAAUAAUAUUAAUAUUAUUAAUAAUGAUAAUAAUAAUAAUAAUAAAGACAUAAAACCUC